GUUGCUAGGGCCGUGGCGCGUGUUGUUAUGGGCGGCCCGGCCCGCCCGGAGUUCUCGCGAGGCUCCCCCGGCGGUUGCCUGGAGACUCGGUGACUCCGCCGAGCCCGAGCAGCAGCUGCAGGAGCCAUGGCGCCCAAAAAGAAAGGUGACAAAAAAGCCAAGGGGGGCAAAGCUGCAGCGGUGGUGGAUGCUGUCCCCCCGGAGGACAUGAGCAAGGAUCAGCUGGAGGAGCACAUUGUGCGUCUCCGGGAGGAGCUGGACCGCGAACGGGAGGAGCGCAACUACUUCCAGCUGGAGCGUGACAAGAUCCACACCUUCUGGGAGAUCACCCGUCGGCAGCUGGAUGAGAAGAAGGCGGAGCUGCGCAACAAGGACCGUGAAAUGGAGGAGGCCGAGGAGCGGCAUCAAGUGGAGAUUAAAGUUUACAAGCAGAAGGUGAAGCACCUGUUGUACGAGCACCAGAACAACAUCACAGAACUGAAGGCAGAGGGCACUGUGUCCAUGAAGCUGGCCCAGAAGGAGCACCGCACCCAGGAGACGGAGCUGCGCAAGGAUAUGCGCACCUUGAAAGUGGAGCUAAAGGAGCAGGAGCUGGCCAAUGAGGUGGUGGUGAAAAACCUGCGCAUGAAACAAGAGGAGGAGAUCACACGGCUGCGCAGCGACUUUGAGAGACAAGUGAAAGAGAUUGAGGCCAAGUACGACAAGAAGAUGCGUGUGCUGCGGGAUGAGCUGGAUCUGCGGAGGAAAACAGAGAUCCAUGAGAUCGAGGAGAGGAAAAACGGACAGAUCAACACGCUGAUGAAGAACCACGAGAAGGCCUUCAGUGACAUCAAGAACUACUACAACGACGUCACCCUCAACAACCUGGCACUCAUCAACACUCUCAAGGAGCAGAUGGAGGAGAUGAAGAAGAAGGAGGAUCACCUGGAGAAGGAGAUGGCGGAAGUGCUGCUUCAGAACAAGAGGCAAACAGAGCCCCUGCAGCGGGCCCGGGAGGAGGUGGCCGAGCUGCAGAAGAAGCUAGCCCACUACGAGAAGGACAAGGAGGCACUGGCUAACACAAAGGCCCGUUUGAAAGUCACUCAGAAGGAAUUAAAAGACCUUCAGUGGGAACAUGAAGUGCUGGAGCAGAGGUUCAGCAAGGUGCAGGCAGAACGAGACGAGCUCUAUCAGAAGUUCACCAAAGCUAUUAAUGAGGUACAGCAGAAGACUGGCUUCAAGAACCUGCUGCUGGAGCGCAAGUUAAAGGCCCUCUCCAACAUACUGGAGAAGAAGGACGUGCAGCUUAACGAAGUCCUCUCAGCCUCCAAUCUCGACCCCAGCGCCCUCACCAUGGUCACCCGCAAACUGGAGGACGUGCUGGAUUCCAAGAACAACACCAUCAAGGAUCUCCAGUACGAGCUGGCCCGAGUCUGCAAGGCACACAACGACUUGCUGCGCACCUAUGAGGCCAAGCUCACAGCCUUCGGGAUCCCCCUGGACAACGUGGGCUUCAAACCACUGGAGACCACAGUGAUGGGACAGACGCUGGGGCAGGGCCCAGCCGGACUGGUUGCUACCCCAACCUAGCACUGCUGGGCACGUGCUUGUCCAUCACCUCUUGGUUACGCUAAAUAUUGUCAGCAGCCUCCCCACGUGCUCCUGUCCCAGCACCACAGGGAGGGGGCUGGGCUGUGGCUCUGCCUCAUUAAACAGACCCCAGAAAGGUUUUUAAGCAGGCUCCAAAGGAACCGUUUUUCACUUCCCAGGGCAGGGCAGGGCCGGGCGCAGCGUGGAAGGAGACCUCUCACAGCCCCGUGUUCCCUUGCCUAGAGAACGUGCCAGCCAGCCAGCCGCUAGCUGGCCCCUGGGUAGCACAGCACCGUAAGCAGGGGUGUCGCCACUCCAGACCACACCCAUGGCAUCCAUAUGCAGCCUGUUCUCAGCCAGCCCGGCACCCAUAGGCCUCCCAGCUAGGCCCUCUCCUGCCCUGGGCAGGGGCUGGAGCCCAGAGGCCUGCAUGGGUCUCCUCUGUAUGCCCAACUCUCUGCCUCGGGAAGAGGGAUGAGCCCUGCUGGCUCUGGAGGGAGAACUGGGUGCCUGAGCAGCAGAGCCAUGCUGCCCUUCCUGGAGCUGAGCUCUCCGUCUCCGUGGCUGCUUUACCACUCGGAUCCGCAGAGCUCGCUAACGAGCAGCUGAGUGCAUCAGGCUAAGGCGAGUGCUGCUGAAAGAACCCUUUAAUAGCGUGGGCCCCCCCCCACGUCACUUCCUCCGGCCCAUCUCUGGAGCCAGGGCCAGGGCCAGGCCGGCCGCGGGGGCCGACCUGCUCUCCCUUGUGCUCUAGCUCCCCUUGUAGGUGGUGUAG